AUGCAAACAAUACGCGAAGACUCAAAUACAAACUAUGACAAACUCUUUCUAGGAUAUAGGUUACCUGAGAUGGGCGACCAGAGCCAAAAGGCAAAAAGGACAUGGGAAAUUUGCAACAUACUAGAUGAACAUAAUGCAAAGAUGCAACAACUUCAAGCAGAGGGCAAUGAAGGAAAAAGAAGAGUUAAAAACUCAGUCAGGAAGAAAGUAAAGCUUGGUCCACGUGGGUUUAUUAUGACAUAUAAAUCCAACUAUUCUAUAUUUUACUCAUAUGAAAUGUACGCCGCUCAGAAUAUAACGCCAACAGUUUUGGAUGCUAUGAAUGGAAAUGUUUCCGAAUGGUAUAACGAAUGCGACAAUGCCAUUAGAAGGUCAGAAAUAGUUCCUGGAACUUACGAAUAUACAACUGCUGUUUCUUAUGGAAACGUAGGUGAGUUUGGAGAAGGUUCUUCAACAACAGUAGAUAUUGCUUGCGACAGGUUUCAUAUAAUUUCUAUUGACAACUCUUUCUUAUACGUGGAACAAGACAUUGAAAUAAAACCUUCUGCCAAGUUGUCUGACAAGAAAGGUUGCAAUGGAAUUUCUAUGUCGGAUACAAUAUGCUCCAGAAGUUUUCAUGGAUAUAAGAUAUAUUCUAACUCUGACUUAGUUCAAACAGUAACAUGGGCAAACUAUGAAUGGUUCGCUUUGAGAAACUCAGUACAACCACAAGCUAGAGAACAAACAGACCAGUAUGCAACUAUUGAGAAAAUAAGAAGACUUGACCUAACGUUCCAGGAGUUUAUGUUAACCUUUCUGGACAAACUGCAGCAGCAGUAA